GAACAACGCUAAGUCGCUAACCCUAGCUUCCGUGCGACCGUGCCUCCCUCCGCGCCUCGUUUCCGCUUCCGCCGCAGGUCGCUCGCCCGCAGGCACGCAACGCGCUCCGUGCCUCCCUCUGCACCAUCCGUGGACCGUGCCGCAGUCCCCUGCAGCCCUGCUCCGCCUUGCAGUGCUCCCCGUGCCCUGUUUCGACUUCCUGCCAUCGGCCGCUCGCCCGUAGGCCGCAGCGCGCUACCUACUCCGGUGCUCCAUUGUGCCCCGUUUAUGCUUCCUGCCGCCGGCCGCUCACCCACAGCCCACAGGCCGCAGCGCGCUGCCUGCUCUGGUGCUCCCUGCUCGAUAGCUCAGGGCCUCGCGUCUGUCGAGCAGAUCCUAGGCGGCCAGGCAUCCUCCUGCAUCUAGUGAUCCAGUCGUCCACGCGGACGACGUAGCCAGCCGGCCACGCGCCCACAUGCUGCUCGGCUGCUCGACUUCCUCCAGCAACAACAGGUCGACUUCCUCCCGGUAACUUGUUCCUGCUGAUUCAGUGAUUCCAAAGUAGCAGUGUAGCAUAGAUCUGCAGUACGUGCAGUUGAUUUCUUCACUAACCAUAUAUUUAUUUGUAGUUGGUCUUGAGGACUUGGGAUAAUGUCAUCGAGCAACAACAAUCAUGACCAUAAUGUCAAUGAAUCACAGUCACAACAGGGUUCUUUACCAUCUGUUAAUGACUCUGAAGCAGUAGGAGGAAAUGCGGAAGUGGAAGAGAUUGAAGUUUCUGAUGAUGAAGACUAGGAAGGUGGUGUUGGUUCAAAGAGAAAGUUGACUUCAGCUGUUUGGAAAGAAUUCAAAUGGGUUAAAGUAGGGGUUAAAAUUAAAGCAAAGUGUAACUGGUGCGCAAAGAAACUUGGAGGAGAGACAAAAAAUGGAACCAAACAUCUACACAAUCAUCUCAAGACAUGUCCAUACAGUAAAAGCAAAAUGACCGGACAAAGCAAGACAUUUAGCCAAAGCUCAUUGAGGUUUGGUUGUCGUGAUACAGGGAAAGUGUUAGUGGAGAACUAUACUUUUGAUCGAGAAAUUGCUAGAAAGGAGCUUGCAUCUAUGAUGGUUUUGCAUGAAUACCCAUUAUGCAUGGUUGAUCAUACAGGAUUUAGAAGAUUUGUUAGCACACUUCAACCUUUGUUCAAAAUGGUGACAAGGAACACUAUUAGGAAUGACAUCAUGAAGCAAUAUGAGAUAGAAAAGAAGAAAGCCAUUGCUUUCAUGGCAGGAAACAACUCUAGGGUUGCUAUCACUACUGAUAUGUGGACUGCAGACAACCAAAAGAAAGGCUACAUGGCUAUCAUAGCCCAUUUUAUUGAUCAAUCAUGGAAGCUUAGGAGCAUUGUGAUGAGGUUCAUUUAUGUGCCAAGUCCACAUACUGCUGAGGGUAUACUGCCAUGUGUCAUCUUAUUUAUGUACUCUUGUUGGAACUGUAAUCUUGAAGUAUGGACUAUGAACAGAACUUGUGUUUGGAUUUGGUGUAUCAUUCAUGUGUGUAAUAGCUAGUAGCCUGGUACUGCUAUGUGGCAUUGUGGCUGUACUAUAUACUAGGGUUAUUACUUACUAUUGUAUUAGUGACUUGUGAUGUACCAUGCCAUAGUUGUAAUAGCUGCUAUGAUUUGUGUUGUUUAUAUAUUUGCAAAUGUAAUAUGCUGUUGAUUUA